CCACCAGCCUCAUCUUGUCGCUCUCGGCUCCAGCGGUUGUCAUCUUCCACCGAACACGAGGGAAUACUUUCAAUAUGUUAAAUGAUCGUCGUCUGUGAUGUGCAGCUCAAGGAAGAUCUGAUGGAGGUGUGUGGAGUUUAGACUUUAAGAAACAGGCGACCUACUUUGGAAAUCUUUACUUGUAGGUGUAGAGGCGACUCUGGCGACGUGACAGCGCGUGCAUGUGUCUAACUGCACUAGGGAAUGUCCGUCCUGUACGUUACAUACGUGAUCAGAGAUCGAUAUAAACUCAUUGCGCAAUGUACGUGAAGACCUGUCAGUCACAUGCGCUGCGGCGGAGCUCUACCAGGUGUGAGGAGCGUGUACUCCAGAUCAAUAACACACGCUUGAUGAACGGCUGUGGAUGGUGGCGUUUAGUUGUGAGUACAGGUCUAUAGACGGACACCAGUUGACGGUUACUCCAGCGUUGGUGAGUGUCUGAUUGUUCCGGCCGGCAGGAUAAGUACCGAAGGAGAUCCACGAGUACCUCGCGGGCGUUGUUCUGGAGAGAGCCCUGUGAGAGUUUUGGAGAGAGCCCUGUAAGUGUCCUGGAUAGUGUUCUUGUGAAACACAUCUCGUCUUUGAAGUCCUCUUGGGACGACUUGGGCUAACAAACCUCCCCGUGGGUUUAGUCCUCCCUUUGUAGGUUUGUACUCCAGAUAUAACUGAUCACGUGGAGUGGAUGGUCUGGUGAACUGGUCUUCCAGAGACGUUCUGGUGUGUGAUUGUGUCAUAGAAUCGUUUCAUCAUGGAUAGUAACAGCAGGUGGAUUGUGUGUCUGUGCAUCGUCUUGGUGGGACCCCCCGGGAUGGGAGGGGCGGGGGAUGUAUGUACACCCCCGGGGGACGCCGUGGUGUGGGACGACGGCUCCACCCCCCGCACCGUCACCGUCGACUGGGGAUAUGUCAAUCUGACGUGCCACACCGUCCAAUCCUGCUUCGGCUUCACAGAUCGCCCGAACGACUUCAUUGAACCUCAACUGUCCCCCGUGGAGGUGCAGAGGGGCGUCAACCUACAAUUCGCCCCGAGCCAGUAUGACGGCCUCAACUUCCCAAUUCUGCCUUUCAAAGUGGACGAGACGUCGUUCCGCACGUGCAACAAGAGCCACGGGGCGCCCGUGCUGCACGAGGAGAGCAAUCAGACAUUUGCAAUCCCAACCGAGCUACUUCCGGUGGGAGUGCAUUAUUUCAUUGUUGACAUGGAUGACGACCCUCUGAUCCGCUGUGAGUUCGGUCUCCGCCUAAACGUCACUGUGAAGGACAACAAUUGUCACCAUGGAGACGGCCCAUCAUGUGAAGGUCAAGGCUUCUGUGUCACGAGGAAGGGGGAGGCCAACUUCACCUGCUCCUGCUGCGGCAACUUCCGGGGCGACUACUGCGACGAGUACGACUCCUGCCUGAGUGAACCAUGCUACGGUGGCGGUCAGUGCAAACACAAAAACAACGACAAGCGGGGCUUCCAGUGUAGCUGCAGACUCGGAUACCGGGGCGAUCUGUGCGAGGAAAGGGUUGACGAUCUCUGUGACCUUGACCUUUGUAAAAAUAACGGCACGUGUAACGGGAAUGCAACGCACUUCACGUGCACGUGUCUCCCUGGUUACACGGGGUCUCACUGCGAGGUGGACGUCAACGAGUGCGCGGACGACCCCUGCGAACAUGGCGGCAUGUGCGUGGACAGAAUAGCCGGAUAUGAGUGUUACUGUGUUCCAGGCUACCACGGCGCCGACUGUGAGAAGAAAUACGACGAGUGCCUCCACAACCCCUGCCUCCACAACGGCGCAUGCGCCAGCCUCAUCGACAGCUACAAGUGUCACUGUCCGCCUGGAUAUAGUGGUCGUAUCUGUGAAACUAAGAUCGAACUGUGCCGGAAGAACCCCUGUUUCAACCAGAGCGCAUGCGUGGACCUCGGGAACACCUACAAGUGUCACUGCCACCCGGGAUUUACAGGUCACCACUGUGAAGUCAACGUCAACGAGUGCGCCUCGAGCCCCUGUCUGAAUGGCGGGACUUGCCAUGAUCACGUGAACGGAUACCAGUGCCUCUGCCACGAAAUGCAUGCUGGUCCAAACUGUCAGUACACACUUGACAUGUUCGCCCCGUUCCUGGAGGGGAAACCACGUGGCGUGUCGGAUACCCAGCAUUCCUACCACGUCCGGAACCUGUACAUCGUGGCCGGAACUCUCUCGGGCGCCAUCUUGAUCGUUGUGGUGGUGUUGACGGGCUGCUACUGUCGGAUGCACGAGAGCUACAAGAAAUUCAAUUUCAAACGCUUGAAGUACAGAAGACAUAAAGAUAUGGAGCCUGGAGACUCUACCGUGGACGUCAGCAGCGUCGCCUGUCCCCGCCUCUCCAUCGACGCCAUCUGGGAGGCCACAAGCCUCAGCUACGACAACAACCAGCUCCAGUCACCGCUUCACAAGGAGUCGCUCAAACACAUGAAGAUCUGAGGAGUUCUCUUCACCGGUGUACAGUCAAAAUGAUUCCUGUGACAAAAGGGACUAUUUUUUCUGGGGUCAUUGGGAAAUUGUUUUAACGAUGUUUAUCGACUUGAAAUGUUAACUUGAAUCAGAUAUUAUUUUUUGUUCACAUAUUUAAGUUUAUGUUCACAUGAGAUUUUAUUCAUAUAAUAAUUCGUAACAGAAAAGGUUGGUCUGUAUAAUGUCGGGUGUUGUGCAACUGUUUGUCCGAAGCUCCGCCUCAUUCCACGGAGUUAAUCGCAAUAAUGACACAUCUUGUUCAUGCAGGUUCCAAGGCGAUUUCUAUGAGAGAUUGUCCAGGCGCUGUCAAUCACGUCAAUGAUUAAAGAAAUAAAAAUUUGACAGAAAGUUGUAAAAAUGGUUCAUGUAUCGCUAGUUGGCUGUAAGGAAUCACACAAUAAGACCUAGUCCUCAAAGUAUUAGAUAUUCUGAUUGGUUGUUAGGGACAGUCACGUGAUAAGAAGUUAACUUUACACACGACUGGAUUUGCGUUGAGUAGGACACGAGACAAGGCUUAUUUUCAUUAUAACUCCAUGUCUCUGUUUGGCUCACAGGUUGGGUCACGUGACGAUACCCAACCUGCAUGUGUCGGCCAUCCAUCAGACCCAAGCGUCCUGUUGUGUUAAAAGUGUCAGUGUUAGACAGUUAUUAAGAUACGAUCACCUGCCUCUUCCCUACAACACGUUGUAAAUAUAUAUUCCUGUUGGUACUGGUCUCUAGAAGUCCAGACAUAAUAUACACCUGUGCUGAUACGUCAUCCACUGUCAGGGCCCCGAUCAACAAAGCGCUCGUAGCACUACGUCAUUCGUAAGCCUAUGACAGACAUUUGAGUUUGCUCGAACGAUAGAGAUUUGUGGCAUUCGCGACCAACUCGUGUUAUUCCGGGACAUGCCGAAAAGCGACUCGUGCUCCUCUUUUGCGACUUUGUUCCGACUAAGCGCAAACGGGCAUGGCUAAAAGAAUUGUCAACUCGUUGCGUAAUGAUUCACGUAUAUUUCUCCCCUAUAUUCUGCAAUAUGAUUGAACACGUUUAACUGUAUAUUUCACUGAGAAAGUUUUUAAAUGCAAAAUCAAAAAUUAUUCCUGAGGAAUUUAUUGACCGAGGUACUUGAAGUCAUUCUGAUUGGUUUGUCGUAGUUUCGCACAUAACAUUUAUCGAUUGGGGGACGAGUCUUCUUGCCGGUUACGGAAAGAGGCGAGUGAUCACGAAUGGGAUUUGUGGGUCGGGGCCCCGAUCGUCACAGGAUGGGAUGGGUGGGGUCGUUCAACAAGCUUAGCGGUGGUUGGCUGUACAUAUCCCUCCUCCAUAUCUGUUGUUAUAUGCAUUGUUGACAACCGUGCAGUAUUGUUGUUAUUCCUUAUGAAUGUAUGCUUGUUUAUUUCCUGUUUAUUACAUCUUUGUGUACAUAUUCCAUAUAUUGAUUUACACGUGUAUCCCAUAUCACACAGAGGUGAGUUGUCACAUCCAGAACUAGCGUCACCUAAUGUAACGUGGCUCCAUGUUUGUAGCGUAAAUACUGUGAACCAAUCUGCAACGUGUGUUUUCUGAAAGGUAGCAAACCAUAGUUUGAUAAAACUGGGAUUCAAAAUCAUUUUCAUUUAAUCGUCUUCCGUGCAACCUGUGACAUAUUGAGAGGACACGAUCGUUAACAGUGUUUUGUAGUCAUCUCACAAUCUCACCGACAAACAACCUUAAUACACUCAACAAACGCACAAACAUGAUUUUGACCUCCGCUGAAACAAUAAAGCACAUUAGAAAAUAGGAAAAAAGAGCCAAACGUAAAGGGACGUCACUCUUAUAUUACAAGGGCGCUGUGCGGAAUCCGAGGACAGUUGUCUCCCGUGGAUGCACAGAUCAUGCAGACAACAGCCGUAUUUGUCUUUAAAUGGUGGGCUUCCUGGAGGAGGUGUUUUUUAAAUCAUUGAUGCCAUUAUUUGUCCUGUCAAAUUCAAUGUAUGGUUAGGGUACUACAAACAUUAAGGUUGCGUUUUGUUUUGCUUAAUUCAAAGCAGUGUGUAUUUGACAAAUGACUUGCUUCCUGUCAACAAUAUGUCGCGUGUUACGUUUACAGCAAGUGUCCGACCACAUCCGACUUAGUUGCUGCCGUGUGUCGAUGGUGUCACGAGGUUGUGUGAUGAGGGAAUCAUCUUUGCCCACAGACUGUAUCCCCAGUACAUUUAAUCGACGUUUUAAUCGUGACAUACUGACGUUCAUUGGGAAUUGCACGUCAGUUAGAUUUGAAGUGCUCACCGAGUCGAGGUCAGCCGCUACUGUCAAUAUUAAGUGUGAAGGGGAAUCCCCAGAUAGCAGCUUCCAACAAGGGCAAGGUCAAAUGACCUGAACUACUUGGGCUUCCGAGGGUGUAGUGACGGAAUGAGCCGAUGAUAUCCGAUUGCGCCUUAUCGUGUAAUCCAUGGAAAUAACAGACUCUACCUUCCCCCGUCUAUCGCGCUGUACCGGAGGCUCCUUAGUACACAGCUGUUAUAGUUCUUCCAUUAGGCCAUUGAAACAACAUGUAUGAUAUAUCAGUAUUGAGAUUACAGAAUGAUUACAACACUCAAGAAUGUUUUGGUAGUUUAUUGUUAAGAUAUUUCUACUAAUACCAGGACCGAUAUUUCUACUGAUACCAGGACUGAUAUUUCUACUGAUACCAGGACCGAUAUUUCUACUGAUACCAGGACUGAUAUUUCUACUGAUACCAGGAACGAUAUUUCUACUGAUACCAGGACUGAUAUUUCUACUGAUACCAGGACUGAUACUUCUACUGAUACCAGGACCGAUAUUUCUACUGAUACCUGGACUGUUAUUUCUACUGAUACCAGGACCGAUAUUUCUACUGAUACCUGGACUGUUAUUUCUACUGAUACCAGGACUGUUAUUUCUACUGAUGCCAGGACCGAUAUUUUCUUAACGUUAAAUAUUAAAUAUAUUGAAAUGAAUAUUGAACACUGAAGGUGUCUUUGAGAACUGUCAAAGAAAGGGGUCAUUAUUAAGUAGAUCCAUGCUCAUGAUGUCAAUCAGUGGAUUGUCUGGUCCAGAUUCUAUUAUUUACAGACCGCCGUCAUAUAGCUGGACAAUUGCUGUGUGCGGGGUUAAACAAAAUAAACAAGAUGGAAGAACUGAUCCAGAAAUGUAGACACAUGUGAAAUUAUUCAGGACAUGACGUAAUGUGACUGUGACGUCAUCAAGGUGAUAAGUAUCCACGCCAGCUGGUUAAAUGGUCGUUGUGUCCCUGUUUAAUAACGAAAUACUGACACCUGUUUGCUUAAUAACGUAUACUAACACCUGUGUCUGUUUAAUAACGUAAUACUAACACCUGUGUCUGUUUAAUAACGUAAUACUAACACCUGUGUCUGUUUAUUCCAGAGGUGGUGUCACAUUGUCAUAAACAUAACUUGUUGAUCUGGUAUGUGGAUAGAUUCAGUUCCAUAAAAGGGUAUUAUUAUUAUUAUUAUUAUUAUUAUUAUUAUUAUUAUUAUUAACAUUAUUAUCAUUAUUAUAAGUAUUAAUGUGCAUCAUGUUCUUGUCUCCAUUCUCAGCUGACAUGUGGCAAUAAUGGUAUUUCGUUCUGUUUUUAUGUCUCACCCCGUCGCGGCUGUUUGAGAGUUUCAAAUAAAACGUGGAUUCCAA